AUGCAUGGGGUCGCGGCUGCACCCGCACCGCGCGCGUUGCAGGUCAAGGGUCCCGCCGACCUCACCGUCACAACCCUCCCCGACCCCGUCCCCGCCGCCACAAACUUCUUCGACCUCCUCCAAAUCCGAGGCAAAUACCAGCACCAACCGCCCUUCGCCUGGAUCUCCGGCAUGGGGUUCGCCGGCGGCGCCUACGCAACGCUCGCCACCGCGAAAGAGGACGUCCUCCACGCCGUGCUCGUGCAUGCGGGGGCCGGGGGCGUCGGGUUGGCCGCGGCGGGGACGGCGGCGAAGUCGGACGUGUGUAGAAGGUUUGGGGCGGACCAUGGCGUGGAUUAUGGGAGCGCGAGGGUGCUGGAGCUGACGGGGGGGAGGGGCGUGGAUGUGGUGUUUGAUCCGGUGGGGAUGGUGGAGGCGUCGUUGAAGUGUGUGGCGUGGAAUGGGCGGGUGCUUGUGGCGGGGUCUGCGGGGGGGGGGGGGCGUGAUUGA